AAGAUAUUUUUUCAGCAGUUAGUAACAAAAAAAUUAUCUCAAUAACAUAACUGACUUUGAGUGGGCAGAUCAAAGCAAUCCAGUGCUACCAUGGCUACCAUAUAUUGCACUGCGGGCAUAAUGCACUGGAUUAUAUCAUAGGGAAACGAAAAUGUUUGCGUGAAACACUCCGCGUUAUAGGGUGUGGCUAAAACUACAAAGGAUUAAAUUUAUAGUCAGCAUGCUCACUACCUGUUAUACAAUGUGAAGAUUGAAUGUUGAUUUUUCUAAAAAGUAAAGAGAAUUCAGCUCUAAAAAGUAAUGCUCUUACUAUGAAGUCGUGAGAGGUCAAGGCCCGUGGUGUGUCUAAAACUUUUAGUAAAAGUAUACUAAAGCAGUUUGAAGGACUAUACUUAUAGAGUAAAGUAUCAAUCACCGGACGUCAUCAUAUGUCGGACACCGAUAUCGUCAAAACUACAAAAGAUACAGACACGAUUCAAAGACCAUUUUAAAGCUAAUGGCUAUUCUCCAAAUUGUGCUGUGAAAAUUGUUUGUUUUAUAGCUGAAAGAAAACGCUGUCCGGUGGUAGCGAUUGUCGGACAAAAACAACGUAAGUUCGCUGAUAUUCUCACCAGUAAGGACUCCUGCGAAAAUGUAAGAACUGAGCACUAUAGCGGAACUCUUUAGCUAGCUGCAGACCAAAAAUGAAGCUAUCAGGCUCUGCACUACACUCAGUUGAACUGGUAAAGGUAUCUCGAUCAAUAAAUCGGACAUUGCGGUUAUGAUCAAUUAACCAGACAAUCGUACAAAGGCACCAUUUCUCUUUUAUACAGCACAGCACAUGAAAAUGGUAAGUUACUUGUAUAUCUAGUAUUCAGGGUUAAAUUAACAGCCAAAGACGGAUCAUGUACUCACUGACAAGGUAGAAUCUACAACUUGCUGGCGCUCAUGCAUCAUUUAUAGAGUAUACAAAACAUUUUAAUAAUAAUCAGGACACUAUGUAAAACAAUAGCAAAAUCGUUUCUUGCAUUUUAGGUCACGUGAUCACGAUCUUCACCGUUCCAACUCUACCAGCACACGAAAUUUUCAGAGUCUAGGAGGACACCCAUGCAGAAGAGGGGGUAAACCACCACACAAGACUGUUACAGUACGCACAGUAGGCACUCUGGGAGUCAAAGGUUGUAGUUUUUUGCCCAGUCCCAUUCCGUGUUGUGUAUCCAUGCAGCUACUAGCUGCUGACAAUCGAGACUAAAUCUACCUCCGAUGUUGCUACGUCUGCAAAGGGCAUCACAGAAGACGAUAAGAAGAAGGUGUGAAGAAGGUGUAAAGCAAUGCUCAAGGCUGUUGUAAGUACACUUGGAGUCAAAGGUUUGUUUAAUGACUACCUAAUACCUCCUUAUAAUUAUAGUAUUACCAAGGGCUUAUAAAGAGAAGAGGGCAUGCAACUACAAUCUAUCGUAUUAUAAAUAGGCGGAUGCUUAUGUCUAAAAAUAGUUAUUGCACGUGCACUUUAUACUACAAAUUAUGUAACUAGAGACUUUGUAUCAUACAAAGUCAUGCGAGCCAAAAAAAGUGUGGAUGAGGUAAAAAAGUUAUUCCUGUCAAUGUGUGCAAUUGUUUAUUCUCAGCAACAUUUCCAGUAUGUUUUGUUUUUACAGUGUGGUUUCCGUUAGUGAAAGUCCGCCAGUCACAAGAUCUGUUAGGUAGAUCAGAGUAAAACAAAGAACAUUGAACGUUGUUUAUCAUGAUUGAUGUAUACGUUUUGUUUUAUAAUUAUUAAUAGAGUCAGCAAGUUGCAGAAAAGUAUAAUAUGCAAAGUCUGAUAGUAUUAGACAUCAUUUUGAGCCCAGCAGCACUGUAAAAAAAAAAAAAAAAAUGGCGACCAAGUCCAAGACACGUGGAGGGACUCAAGGAAAUUCCGACGAACAACUGCCUAAAGAGAAGACGUUUUCAUGUCUAGUAUGUCUUGAAGUUAUCAUUGAUAAGUCAACCAGGACUAGGGGUCAAGAAGCUGUCUUUUGUGAUGGUGAUACAUGUAAAGGUUGGAUCCAUAGGACCUGCGCAGGCCUGACUAAAGCUCAUUAUGACUCAAUUUCAUCUGCUCCUGCUACGGAACCUUUCUAUUGUACCCAAUGUUCUUAUAACCACUUUUCAAAACAUAUCUCUGAUUUACAUUCAGAAAUCAAAUCUCUGAAAGUAAAACUUGCUGCUGUUGACGUGAAAUCAAAUACUGCUCCGUCAUAUUCUCAGGCGCUACAGUCAGGUACUGACUCACAUGAGCCACAAUCUGCUCAUCAGCCUCAAUACUCCAACCUAUCAAAAGGUUCUUACGACAGAAAUUUCAACAUUGUUGUAUAUGGCAUUAAAGAAUCUUCAGUUGGUACUUCUAGGCAACAGAGACUUGCUAAUGACAUCAAAGAAGUACUUGAAGUAAUCACUAUUACGGAUGAUACAAUCACAACCCAGUCAAUACGUGAUUGUUUGAGGCUUGGGAAGUACACAGCCUCAAGGAAUCGCCCAAUUCUUGUAAAACUCUCACGCACCUAUGAAGUGCAAACAAUCUUGUCGAAUAGGAAGAAGUUACAUUCCAAGCCUUCAAUAUCUAUCAAGCCACAAUUGAGCCCUGAAGAAAUUUCUAUCGAAAAAAUUCUUCUCAAGAAAAGAUGGGAGUUGAUUCAAAAUGGUCAAAACAGGUCAGGCAUUAGAAUAAGAGGUAACAGCCUAUUUGUGCAUAAUGCAAAGCAUGGUUUUGUUCAAAAUUCUACUUAUGUACUUGAAGACAUCUCAUCUACUGAUGAGGUUGAUGUAGUGCCCCCUUUAAACACUGCUGAAUCACCUCCUACAAAUACGCAUAACUCUCCCCCAAUCUCCUCUGAUUGACUAUCUAUAAAAUUUGGCUUAUGGAAUGAGAGGAGUUUAGUUAAUAAAUUGGAAUUAUUUUAUGCUACUAUUUAUUCAAGCUCAUAUGACAUCGUUUGUGUUACAGAAAGUUGGUUGAAUCCGUCAAUAUUUAAUCAUGAAAUAUUAUCAAAUAAUUUUACAAUUUUUAGAAGAGAUAGAAAUUCAAGAGGAGGUGGUAUAUUGGUUGCUGUCAACAACAGAUUUCAAUCUCGACUUAUUAGUACCCAUGAAUAUAUCGAACAAAUCAACGUGGAAAUGAUUUCUAAUGAAAAGAUACAAAUUUCAUGCUGGUAUGUUCCACCUGGCAGUCCAGAUAUAUAUCUAAAGUUUUAACAGCCAUCACAUCACUUGAUACUUCUAAACCUACACUACUGCUUGGAGAUUUUAAUUGUCCUGACAUUAAUUGGUCUAUCAUGACCGCAAGUUCUCAUUUUUCCUCAUCACUUUGUGAUACGCUCUUCUCACUUAAUUUAGUACAAUUGGUUACAGAGCCUACACACAUACAUGGCAAUAUCUUGGACAUAAUAGCAACCAA